UUCUACACACAGGAAUGAAAAUGUACAGACUGGUUGUUGUGAUUUUGGGACUCCUGUGUAUCCUACAAGCUGCUCUCAUCAUUUACCUAAAUCUGGAGGCCAGUGGCAAAAACCUGACUGAGGAGAGAGAUGACCUGAAGAGAACUGUGAAGGACUAUGUUUCAGAGCAAAACUCCCUGACUGAAGAGCGAGACAACUUGAAGAGAAUCAACCUUGAUAUGGUGGCAACUAACAAAAACCUGGCUAAGGAAAGAGACGAUCUGGGGAGGACUCUGAGAGCCGGGGGAUGGAAGUACUUCAGCGGUAGUCUCUAUACCAUUUCUUCUAUCAAUAAAAACUGGCAAGCGAGUAGGGAUGACUGUCUUCAAAAAGGGGCAGAUCUGGUGAUUGUCAACAGCCAAGAAGAACAGAAAUACAUAACAAGUUUUGGUGAGCGCGUGUGGAUCGGACUCACUGAUCGAGCGACAGAGGGCAGAUGGAAGUGGGUCGAUGGGACUCCGCUGACCACAAGCUACUGGUACCGAGGUGAGCCAAAUGGAAAUUCGAAGCUGGACGAAGACUGCGCACAAAUAUUUCCCGCAAAUGUAGGAGAAGGCUGGCUAGAUUACCAUUGCAGUUAUACUACAAAUCGAUGGAUAUGUGAGAAGAGAUUGCCAUAACUCCACAUCUAUGCACACAAAACGAUGAGGAAAAAAAACAGGAAAAAGUUGCAUUUCUCAUUUUCAGCCUAAAUUCAAAUGUGGAGGUCCAGGUGGGCGAGGGGUUGGACUCUCACGUAGAUAUCUGGAGUCACGUCGUAUCUCAUAUUGGGAGACGACGUGACUCCCAAUAUGAGAGAAGGGGAAGGUGUUUGACUAUGUGUAUAUGUGUGAGUAUGUAGGUGUGUAUAUGUAUGUGUGCAUAUAUGUAUAUCAGUGUAGGUAUGUGUGUGUAUGUAUAUGUGUAUAUGUAU